AUGGCAGCCAAGGCUCUGGAGCCGCUCUUUGCUGAGCUUGAUGAUUUUAUCAAGGAUGGUGACUGGGGGCAGGCACUUGCCGCGUCCGAGAAGAUCUUGAAGAUCGCGCCCGACGAUGCCGACGCUUUUGCUUGCCAGAUUGGAUGCUUGUUGCAACUGAGCGAAUUCGAUAAGACGCUUGCGCUCCUCAAGACGCACGGCGAGGACAAGUUCCUGUUCGAGCGUGCCUACUGCUUCUACCGCCUCAAGCGCUACCCCGAGGCCCUCAAGCUCCUCGAAUCGCACCCCCAGCCCAAACCCACUCGUAUUCUCGAGCUCGAGGCUCAAGUGAGGUACGCCCUGGAGGACUACAACAAGGCCGUCGCCCUCUAUGAGCAGCUGGUGAGCAACUCGAAGGAGCCGGCGCCCGAGCUCAAGACCAACUACCUGGCCGCGCUCUCCCUGGCCAACGCCACCGACCAGGCGCUCACCUACAUCUCCAAGCACCAGGCACGAGGCCUCACCUUCUUUCCUUCAGAGUCUCUGGCUCACAAACCCCUCGCCACUGCUGUGUUGCAGGAGGCCGUUGACAAGACGUUCGAGUUUGCGUACAACGCCGCGUGCUCGUACAUCGCCGUGGGCGACCUCAGCACUGCCGAGAAGGAGCUCAAGCUGUCGGAGAAGCUCUGUCGUGAGACGUUCACCGGCGAGGACUUCACCGAGGAGGAUCUCAACAACGAAAUCGCGGUCGUGCUGGUCCAGCUGGGCUUCGUCUACCAGCAGCAGGGCAAGAACGAGGACGCGCUGAACCUCUACACCGCCGCCCUCAAGAGCAAGCCGUCGGACGACAUGGUAUCGGCCGUGGCGUCGAACAACAUCGUCGCGAUGAACAAGGACAAGGAUCUCUUCGAUUCGGAGAAGAGGCUGAAGGCGGCCACCAACGACAAGGUCCAGUUGAAGCUCACCAGCGCGCAGAAGCAGAUCAUCGACUUCAACCAGUGCCUGCUCCUCCUCUACAUGAACAAGUCCAAGCAGUGCACGGAGCUCGUCCAGUCGCUCCGCGAACGUUUUCCGGACAGCCCCAUGCUGUCCCUCAUUCUCGCCUCGCUUCUCUUCCGCACCAAGAAGAUCAAGGAGAGCGAGGACCUGCUCAAGGAGGAGAUCCAGAAGCACCCCGACAGCGACAAGAACGUGAAGCUGCUGCUGAGCCUGGCCCAGAUCCACCUGUCCAAGCCCCAGCGCGAUCUGGCCGAGGUGAUCAGCAUCCUGGGCUCGAUCCCGUCGCUGCGCAACAAGCCCGGCGUGGCGUCGCUCCUGGUCCUGCUCUACGAGCACCUCGGCGACACCGCCGCGGCCGUCAAGGUGCUCGACCAGUGCGCCUCGGUCUACGCCAACCAGAAGCAGCUGAGCGAGAAGCAGAAGAGGGAGUACGUCGCCAUUCUCAAGGCUGCCGGCGAGUUCAAGAAGAAGUACGGACUGCACGAGCAGGCCGCCGCCUCGUACAAGGCCCUGCUCAAGCUCAACCGCGAUGACGUCGACUCUCUUUACAACCUGGUGCUGAUGGCUGCGGAGGUCGACCCGCAGCAGGCCGAGGAGUACGCCUCGCGCAUUCCCGCCAUCAAGCCCGACUCAACUAUCAGCGCCGAGGCCCUGGAGAACCUGCCUGCGCCCACCCUGUCCGCCAUCAAGCGGAAGGAGGAGCGAGAGGGCGGCGCGGAGGCCAAGGCUGCUAAGGCGGUCAAGGCAGGCGGCAGCUCGGCAGCGGCCAAGAAAAAGAAGAAGAGGAAGCCCCUCCUCCCCAAGAACCACGACCCCACCUCCAAGCCCGACCCCGAGAGGUGGCUCCCCAAGAAGGAGCGCUCCUACUACCGACCCCGCCGCGGCGCCAAGGAGUCAGUGAGGCGAGGCGCGCAGGGCUCGGCUUCUGCGUCGACCAGGCCGACUGCCACCUCGACUUCGACCUCGACCUCGACCACCGCCGCAACGCCCGCGCCCGCGCCCGCAGCAGGAGCCCAGCCGCAGGGCAAGAAGCAGCCGCAGGGCAAGCAGCAGCAACAGAGGAAGAAGAAGGGAAGGAGGUAG